AAGUCUUUCUAAGUUUCCGCCGCAGUGUGAAGUUUUACUCUGAUGGAGUCUGAACUCAUGAAACUUUGUCGACAAUGAUUCUUCUUCUACGGACGCUUUUUGUGGGUCUGUGUGUGUCUGUGUCCGUCACUCUGAGGGUCUCAUCACGGGGCCCCCUCAACUGCUCACAACAGGGUUUGAAGUGUGACAUCAUGGAGACUAACUGUAUGGACAGGAGCUGGCUGGUUGUGAAUGAAUACACCCCGAGCGGUCCUGAGGAGCUGCAGGUUUCCGUGGAGACGAGGCGGGAUGAGGCGGGUCAGCUGCAGCCGUUCCUGCUCUCUAAGUGGAAGAUAAAGGAUGACGGUAGCAUUCGGUACCUGAACGCCACAGAGUUACACGUCCUGGUGCUGCCGACCAACGAGAACCGCUGUGUUCGGUUCUCUCUGACAGAAACUCUGCCCAUGAGGAGUCCGUCGGGGGAGAAGUGGGCGUUCUCUGCAGACAUGUUGGUGGUGGAGCCCGGUCAGAGUUACAAAGUCUCCGUCUUUAACAUCCCUAAACCAGAGUUAGGACACAGUUACUACGACGUCAGCGCCGACAUCUCCGUUCCCGGUUGUGAAGAUCCCAGGAUGAAGAUGACCCAGUUCUGCGCAGAGCGAGGUGAGUGAUUCAUCCUCCAUCAGACUGACUGGGUGUUAUAAACGGUGUGUA